GAAAUGUAUUUAAGAUCUGUUCAGUCCGACAGAUUAGGGGACAUUCAGGGCCGAAGAGCUUCACCUCAGAAUCAUCGAUACUAUCAACAUGACGCCUCUCUUCCGAGCUGAUCAAGUCGGCUCACUCAUUCGACCUGCCUUCCUGCUCGAGGAAAGAGGUUCUUUGGGCUUUUACGACAGCAAGUUAUCCGAAGACCAGGCCGCUGCCACAUCUGCCUCUAUCAAAUACGCGGUUCAGAAGCAAAUUAAGCUCGGCAUUAGGCCCAUCACCUCUGGCUAAUAUGAGAGAACUAUUUUCUUCAGCGGCUUGUUUGAGAAUCUUCAGGGGAUGACAGUGAAAGAUGACCUCAGGGUUCCUCAAGACUUCCGACCCAACCUGCCAACCUUCAUCUGGCUAGCUAAGAUGGGA